CCAGCAUAAAAUAAAAGUUGCAGAACAGGAAAAAAAAAAGGGACCAGAAGUUGCAAAAUAUUUGAUCGUAUUGCGUUGUUAUGAGAAUAUGAUCUUAGAAAUCACGUUACCCUAAUAAUAAUGGCAAGUUUGAGUAUUCUCUCCCCCCGAACUGAUAGGAAUCAAGUCGCAGCGCCGAUAGUGUUGACCUUCCGGAGAUACCUUCCAUGGCCGAACGCGAUCCUUCGACUUCUGCUUUUGUCGUCCUUUUCUCGUCCCUGCUGCUUCUGACGGUAGUAGUAGGGGAGGAAGUCGGCAAAUCUGGGAGGUUCCCACUUGUGGUGAGUACUUGGCCUUUUGUGGAAGCCGUUCGAGCUGCUUGGAGAGCAGCGGAUAACGGGCUCUCUUCCAUUGAUGCUGUUGUCGAAGGUUGUUCUGCCUGUGAAGAACUCCGCUGUGACGGUACAGUGGGACCUGGAGGAAGCCCGGAUGAGCAUGGAGAAACCACGAUUGAUGCCUUAGUCAUGGACGGGGACAUCAAUAGGUGACUAUGGAGGUUGGAGCUGUUGCUGCAAUGAGGUACGUAAAAGAUGGUAUCAGAGCAGCGAGGCUGGUGAUGAAAUACUCACGACACACAUUGCUUGUUGGUGAAUGGGCCUCGGCCUUCGCCAUCUCCAUGGGUCUUCCUGGACCCGUGAAUCUCAGCUCCUCGGAAUCCAUAAAGAAAUGGUCAGACUGGAAAGAGAAUUACUGCCAACCCAAUUUCAGGAAGAACGUAAUCCCCGAAAAUGACUGUGGACCUUACAAACCAAAACAUGAUACCGAGGUAGCUAUCAAAGGCACACUCACGGAAUCAUGUGAGACAGGGAAGAUUGAGUAUAGAUCUUCUCUGAUUGGCCAUCACAAUCACGACACCAUAUCGAUGAUUGUCAUUGACAAAACGGGGCGUAUAGCCGUAGGGACAUCAACAAACGGAGCCACGUAUAAGAUUCCUGGAAGAGUGGGCGAUGGGCCCAUUGCGGGUUCAUCAGCCUAUGCGGAUGAUGAAGUGGGCGGAUGUGGUGCGACUGGAGAUGGCGACAUCAUGAUGCGCUUCCUCCCAUGUUACCAAGUUGUGGAGAGUAUGAGACUGGGAAUGGAACCUGAACGUGCGGCUAAGGACGCGAUCUCGAGAAUUACCAGAAAGUUCCCCGAUUUCGUGGGGGCCGUCGUGGCUGUGAACAAGAAUGGUUCGCAUGCCGGUGCUUGCCACGGGUGGACAUUUCAGUACUCUGUCCGAGAUCCCGACAUGGACGAUGUUCAAGUCUUCACUGUUCUUCCAUCGUGAAAAAAAGGGUAAAACUCCUCUAGUAAAAAUCUCUCUGAAACAUCAUAUCUCCAUGAAUGAAGCAAGCUGCUGUGUCUGGUUAUUACAUUAUUAAGUCAGAUACCUUGUCAUUGCAUUGCUGUUAUGUCUGUCGAUGAGAAACGACGUGGAGUUGAUGCCUUGAAAUACAGAACGGCGUCUCGUUUCGUACUCCCUAAGUAGUAUGUAUCAUAAAUAGUUUUUAUA